AUGGCUGAUGGCAAUGGUAGCAACCUCAACACCAAUGUUGCCAUCCUUCAAACCCUAACUGCUAUUCAACAACAGAUGCAACAAAUGGUGGAGGCAAUGAAGAAUCUGCAAACGAGUCAACCUCGACAUCAAGGGGUUCGUCGUCAUGUUGAAGGAAGGGCCAUUCCCAAUCUUCCACUACAUGAGAAUGUUCCAGGUUCCGAUUCAGAUGAGGAAAAUCAGAUCUCUGAUGGAGAGCAAGGUUUUGAUCCUCCUUACCCAAAGAUCAAAGCAGAUCUGCCAUUUUUCUCAGGAAAUCUUGAUGUGGAGGAUUUCCUUGAUUGGGUUGCCGAGGUCGAGAAGUAUUUUGAAUUGAUGAGCAUCGCAGAACACCUACAAGUCAAGUAUGUGGCUUACAAACUGCGUGGUGGGGCUUCGGCAUGGUGGGAGCAACUUCAGGGCAAACGAAGGCGACAACAUAAACAACCAAUCCGUAGUUGGAGGCGUAUGAAGGAGGCGCUAAUGUUCAGAUUUUUGCCAUCAGAUUAUGACCAGAUUUUGUAUCAAAGGUAUCAAGAUUGUAAACAAGGUGUUCGAACAGUCCAACAAUACACGGAGGAAUUCCACCGGUUGUCGGCGAGGAAUAAUUUGUCAGAGACUGAAGCUCAGCAGACCGCAAGGUUUAUGAGUGGUCUUCGAACCACCAUCCGAGAUCGUGUAGAAUUAGCACCGGUGUAUGGGGUAGAUGAAGCCAUCAAUCGUGCUAUGAAAGUAGAAGCACAACUGAACCGCGCAACCAGAGGACAACCAACAGAGCAUAGAGCUGGAGAUUCAUCGCGAGGUCACAAUCAAGGGAAUAGACCGAACACCAGUCAGAUUGAAAGCUCUCAACCUUUUGGAAAGAAAACGCCAGCAGAAAGCUCAAAAAUGACUGAGCCGAGUAGUCACAACCAGCUACAAGGUGGUCCACAGAACCGGCAGAAUUCCAAUCCAUAUGCUCGAGAACGAGGUAAUAAGUGCUAUCGUUGUAAUCAACCGGGGCAUCUGUCAAACAAUUGUCCCAAACGGGGUCAGGUUAAUAUGGUUGAACAUGAAGACGGGUUCGAGGCAACAGAAGAGCAUUACACUGUGGGGCCAGAUGAUGUGUAUGAGGAGGAUGAACAGGCUGUUUGUGUGGUUCGCAAAUUAGCACUAACUAUGGAGUCAAUAGCGGAGGAUCCACAAAGGCACAAUCUUUUCCGAACAAGUUGCAAGGUUAACCAACGAGUGUUUGAGGUUAUAGUGGAUGGUGGCAGUCAGGAGAAUCUAAUAUCUCGGGAGAUGGUUAAUCAAUUAAAGUUGAAGUUGAGAAAACACCCUCAUCCUUAUAAAAAUUGGGUGGAUCAAGUCUAUGGGUGA